AUGAAGUCCGGCAUUCCUAGCUUGUCACCGGUCGGCGAUGCCCCACACGCGUCCUCGGCCGAAGAUACCUCUGCGGACAUCCACCCUCAUGUCGAGGGGGCAGACGCGUCAGGUCAAUCUCGUUCUCUCUCUACUAGCAGACGGCAGCGCAGCAUCACUAGACCCACAACAGCCCAGUCCUCUGCCUCUGCGAGCUCUCCUCAAUAUCCGGCCGUCAUCUCCCGCACCUCUUCGUUCAACGCAGAUGCAGAGUCAUCGUCUUCUCGAGGCUCGCAGGAGCCAAGCAGCUCCAAGAAGUCGCGUGUCCAGCUCGCCGCAGACCAGCCCCUUACGACCCAUGGAAAGCCCCGGGAACGCGUCUACGUCGCGUGCUCGCAAUGUCGAAAUCGCAAGGUACGCUGCGACGGGGGAAAGCCCGAGUGCUUCAACUGUAGUCGCCGUACGGACGCCAACCCGGAGCCAUGUUCGUACGACCCCACACCGAGGCGACGGGGCAAGGACAGGACCGCCGGCUCCCGCAAACUGGCGCCCUAUAUCACGAAGAAGACACGGACGACGCGUUCGAGACUGGAAGAGGAGGCGAAGCGGAAUAAGCCUCCCCAACCAAGUCCCUCUCAGGAACCCGGACCCUCACGCCAGAGUGGUCCGGGGAUAGCACGGGACCCAACUCCGCUACAGAGCGUUCCAUCAUUUCUCGUCGAAGGUCCCCCCGCGGUUCUAGUAGACUCCGGCCUCCCGCAGCGCUCUUCGGGAUCUGUGCGCAGCGCACCUCCGCUGAUACCAGCACCGGUCACUCAGCCCAGCAUCCCACUCCAGGUUCAGCAUCAGGAAAGAAGACCCUCCCGAAUAGCGCGGGUUCCUUUGGCGUCGCACGCUGUGCCGUCACUUAGCGAACACCCCCCGGACAUCGUGCUUUUGCAGCCUCCGCAGUAUGGGCUCGUUCCGCACCGUCAUGUGUCCGUGGACGACGACGACUACGUACCAGACGACGACGUUGUCUAUAUCGCGACGGAGCCCGGUAUACAGUUCACGCGAGAGACGUGGUGGGACGCCCUGCUAGCGGUGUACGCCGUGCCACCAGACAGGCCGGAUCUCAUGCCGACGCUGACGGUUGACGUGCGCAACAAGACGGCGGAGCGUAUCGCCGCCGACCUCCGCUUCCUCUUCCAGGCGUCGCUCCAUUGGCUCAGCUUUAUCAACAUUCCGCGGUUUUUCUCAUCGCUGUUCAAUCCGGUCACACGGCAGACGAUCCAGCCGAGCCUCAUCCUGGCAGCGCUCGGCCUCGCCACCUUCUUGCAGAGUUCGGAAAUGGAGCUCGGCGCGAAGGGACGGGAGAAAGCGCUCCGUCUAAUUGACCAGGCGCGUGCGAGCUUCGACGCAAGCGUCAACUCGGGCUGGAUCGACGUCGGCCUUGUUCAGGCUGCCUGGGUACUUGCAUUUUUCGAGAUUCAGGCGCAUCCGAAGCUCUCAGGGAACCGCACACUCAGCAGCAUGGCCACGCUCGACGCGCUCGUGCGCUGUUUGUCGCUUACGACGCUCGACGUAGACGAUCCCCGGGCCACCGUCUUCGCGCCGCGCGCGGUCCCUAUCGUCGUGGCCGAUACGCCUCCCAUAACUCCGCCUGUCCCCAUGCUCGACCUAUGGACCAGUGGUGUUGACCCACAUGUCGACGCGCUGCACGCGCUUGGAUCGUCGCCAACUGAGGUCCUGCCAGGGAUGUGGCGGUGCGGAUGUGAAAAAUAUUCGCUUGGGUAUCAUUGGCCAAUUGUGCGGGACCUCGCGCCGCAAUGGUCGGAAAUGCCGAUGUGGCCCAAGAAUGUAAGCCCUGGAGAGCUGCUGAAGGAGGAGUGUCGUCGGUUGGCAUGGUCGAGUGUCAUGCUCACUGCGACACACACUACGAAGUCCACGGCAGGGACAGACUGGGAGACGCAGCACCUAUGGAUCAAGGAUCCGUCUAACUUCGCGUUGUUGUUUCCGGGGGAGAAUGUCGCUCCGCCGGGGGCGUCCGUCGCCUCUUCGAAAGAUUCUGUGUGGGCGCUGUACAUGCGCACGCUGCUACUUUGGCACAGCUCUCUGCGGAUGAGAUGUGACUUGAACUUCUCGGACUCGGACCGCGCUCAGUAUGCCAUGAGCGCGUGGCUUGAGAUCGACGCCAUUGAGGCAAUGUUGGACCGUCAUACGUGCGUGGCUACGACAGGGUUCGUGGUGCAGAUGCGUGAUACCCUCUUCAAUACUCGGAUGGUGGUGUCGCACGAGUUCCAGCGAUACAUCCCCGAAGCCACGACUACGCAUGGACAGCUGUUCUAUCACGACAAGGCGGAAGCCUGGUUGGGCCAGCAACUGUUCUUCGCGCGAUAUUUCGCCCAAGCGCUACGCAAUCCUAAAGCGGAAGCGAAUGACCAUACGCGCCGCAACUUCCUCAUGUUCUGGUUUAUGGCCCAGAUAUCCCGAGCCAUCAAACUAUGGGAAGCAGACCACACCUUAGCAGUGGCGCUCGACGUUGCCCGUACAUUGGCUCCGGCGGCGGAGUCCCUGAUGCUCAUUUGGCCGUCACCAGCGCAACGGCGCGAGUACGAGCUGCUCCGAGCCGAGCUCGUCCUGAUAUGCAUGGAGGCCGGUGUGUCCCCACCAGAACGCGCGAUCGGAUACCCAACUCCGGGUCUUACAUAGAUUAAGUUUUCUUUUCACCUUUAUACCCCGGAUGUGGACUCUUGCUUUCGCUUGCUAUGUACGCAGUCUUUCCUGGAUUUUGUAAGUCAUUUGUAUUGUACGUGUAUACGACAUCAGACCCUGCGGUCUUGC